AUGGCUUUCUCGGCCUAUACUAAUAAGCCAGUCGAUACUUCGGUCAGGGUGGACAUCACGACACUUGGAGACAAAAGUGUGGUCAUUACGGGAGGUGCUAGUGGUUUUGGCGAGAAUCACGCUCGUGCGUUUGCCGCGGCAGGGGCGUUUGUGACCAUCGGCGAUAUCAAUGAGGAUAAAGGCCGCAAGCUGGUUGCGGAGCUCGGACGCAAUGCUCAAUUCAUCAAGGUCGAUGCAAACUCCUGGGAAGAUCAGUUGCAUAUGUUCAAGCAGGGCGUUGCCAACUCGCCUGCGAAGAGCAUUGAUAUUGUCGUCAUCAACGCAGGGAUCGCUGGGCCAGACGAAAUAUUUGCAAUGGAAGAUCCUGCAGCCGAACCCACUAAGCCGACUCUGGCGAUGCUGAACCUGAACCUGAUCGCUUCUAUUUACACAUUCAAACUAGCUCAACAUUAUCUCCGCCUCCACCCCGUAGGACCUGCUCGAGACCGGUGCAUCAUCAUCAAGGGUAGCAUUGCCGCCUACCUUGACCAGCCUGGGUCUUUCUUGUAUCAAACAUCCAAGUUUGGCCUCCGAGGCCUCGUGUCGUGUGCAAGGCGCACUUCCUGGGCAGAGGGAAUCAGAGUAAAUAGCAUCGGACCCUGGUAUACCAAGACCUCGCUGAUGAAACCCCACAUCGUCGACAUUCUGAUCUCAAAAGGGGUCGAAUUUGCAGACAUCGCUGAUUGUACAACGGCUGUGUUGAGGGUCGCCUGUGAUAAGACCAUCCAUGGUAGCCGGUCUCUGGCAGUGUUGCCGCGUUCAUUGGCGCCCAACGGCUACAUCGACACAGAGUUGGAUGACUUCGAAAAAGAGCCCUGGAAACCCCUUCAGAGGGUUAUGCUAGAGGCCUCUAUUCGUGCGGUGCCUGGUCGUUGA